AUGUCUGUCAACGGCACGAAUGGCACCAACGGUGCAACGCACAAGGAGAAAUACCCAGCCAAAGCCCACUGUCGGCGGGUGGCUCAAUAUCUAGUCGACGCAGGCUUCUCGCGGCAUGGCGUGCUGUACCUCGAGGCCCAAAAGACGCGCAUGGUCGAAGACGACGACCAAGCCAUGCACUUCCGCCAGCGCCGAUACUUCUUCUACCUUUCGGGCUGCAAACUGCCCGACGCCUAUCUGACCUACAACAUCCCGCAAGACAUCCUCACCCUGUUCAUCCCGCCGAUCGACCCGGACGACGUGAUUUGGAGUGGGUUGCCCGAGUCCAAAGAGGAGGCGCUGGAGAAAUACGACGUCGACGACGUCCUCUACUCCAACGAGGUCAACGCCGCGUUGGCGGCCUACGGCCCGUCCAAGGCUGCGACCGUCUACGCCAUCCCCGAGCAAGUCUCCGAGCACGUCACGUUCCUGCCCUUCAAGGCCGUCGAGUUUUCUUGCUUGAAGAACGCCAUUGACGAGUGCCGCGUCGUCAAGGACAGCUACGAGGUGGCGCUGAUCCGCAAGGCCAACGAGAUCUCCACGCUGGGACACAUUGAAGCCGCGAAAGCGGUGCGCACGGCGCACAACGAGCAGGAACUCUACGGCGCCUUUGUGGGAACGUGUAUCUCCAACGGGGCCCACGAGCUGGCCUACCACUCCAUCUGCGCCAGCGGCACCAGCUGCUCGACUUUACACUACGUGCGCAACGACCAGCCCCUGCGGGACCGGCUGAACAUCCUCCUAGACGCCGGCGCCGAGUACGACUGCUACUGCGCGGACAUUACCCGCACGUUCCCGAUCUCUGGGAGUUUCACCCCGGAAUCACAGACGAUCUACGACAUCGUGGACGAGAUGCAGUCGAGUUGCUUCAAGCUGCUGCGCGCCGGCAUGCGGUGGGAGGACGUGCACAUGAACGCGCACCGCGUGGCGAUCCGGGGUCUCAAAGCCUGCGGCAUCCUCGUCGGCGACGACCAAGAAAUCUUCGACAAACGCAUCUCCGUCGCCUUCAUGCCCCACGGCCUCGGCCACUAUCUGGGCAUGGACACGCACGACACCGGGGGCCACGCCAACUACGACGACCCGGACCAGAUGUUCAAGUACCUCCGUGUGCGCGGCCAGGUGCCCGCCGGGGCCGUCAUCACCGUCGAGCCGGGCAUUUACUUUUGCAGGUUCAUCCUCGAUCCCGUGUUGGAGGAUCCGGAACUGAGCAAAUACAUUGAUCAGAAAGUGCUGGACAGGUACUGGACCGUCGGCGGAGUGAGGAUCGAGGACGACGUGCAUAUCUUGGAGGAUGGGUAUGAGAACUUGACAAAGACGCCGAAAUUAUGA